AUGGGGUCGACUGGUCCGGGAGGCAACGGCAACGUGCCGCCGAACAUGCAGGGACGCGGGAUUGCGGGAGCGGGUCUCCCACCGAACACGAUGCAGGGGCUCCAGCCGCUGCUUGCGAAUAACCCGGAAGGGCUCGCGGCGAUCGUCAACGCGGCACGCGAGGGAAAAGUGAGCCCCGAGCAGCUGCAGCAGAUCCGCGCGAUUCUCGGACAGCAGCAGCAGCGCCAGGGUGCACAGGCGAUGGGAGCACAGCGGCCUAUGCAGCAAGGCUUUGCGAAUGAGGCGGGCAGCUCGGCGCAGCAGCCCGGCUAUCUCCAGCAGCCCGCCGCACAGGCCGCGCCGAAACCGCCGAUGCAGGGACUCGGGCAGCACGCCCAGAUGCCAAACCACGAGGCGAUGCUCAUGGAGCAGUUCAACAAGGUCAUGUCGCCGCUCAUGCUGAAUAUCUCGCACCUCGAGGCUUCGCUGCGGAACCCAUCGAUCUCGGCCCAGGAAAAACAGCAGCAACAAAACUUGUACAAUGAGCUCAAGACGAAGCAGAUGAACCUCGCACGCCAGGUAGCGCUUGCACGUGAGCAGGCGCGUGCAAAGGACCAGCAGCAAUACCAGCUGAUGUUGCAGCAGCAGCAGCAGCAGCAGCAGCAGCAGCCCCAGGCCCAGCAGCAGGCGGCGCCCGCUCAGCCUGUCGCUGCGCCGCAGUCCCAGCCGCCGCCGCAGGCGCAGCAGACAAAACCCGCGGCGAGCACCCCGGGCGCUGUGCCGUCCACGCCGCAGUCCGGCGCAAAAGGCACGCCGAAAAGCGCUGCGGCCGAAGUCCAAGGCACCAACACGCCGACGACGGAGCGCAAUGCGCCCGAGACCCCGUCGGGCGCCACUGCGACUGGCAUGCGCCCGAAUGCGCAAAAUGUCAACGUGUCGAGCAGCACGCCGCUGACCGGCAUUGCUCAGCCCUCGUCGCUGCUGCCUACGGGCGGCAGUGCGCCACAGUCGUCGACCGGUGCGCUAGCGAACCUCAUUGCGCAGCACACGUCGACGCCGCAGCCGUUCCCGAACGCCCAAGGACCGCACCCGACGCUGAACCAGGGCCUCGGCACGACGCCCGUCACCGGAACGCCGCCGGUGCUCGUGCGUCCGAACCCUCUUGGCCGCAACGGCAAAUCGCUCAACACGCCGCGUGGUGGCCAGCACUGGGAGGAUCUGCUUGGGAUUGGUGCGGGCGACAGCACCGGUGUGGACGAUAGCCUGAACCUCGGCCUGGACGGCGACUCGUUUUCGUCGAACCUUAACGACGUGCUUGGCUCGAGCAAUGUCUCGCAGCUCGGCCUCGCGUCGGCCGGCGGCAACAACCGCCUGUUGACCAAGCGCAAGGUGCAGGAGCUGGUGAGCGAGAUCGACCCCAAUGAGCAGCUUGAAGGCGAUGUCGAGGACCUGCUCCUGGAGAUUGCCGACGAGUUUAUCGAGAGCGUGACGUCGUUUGGGUGCCGCCUCGCGAAGCACCGCAAAGGCGACCGCCUCGAGGUGAAGGACAUCCAGCUGCACCUCGAGCGCAACUGGAAUUUGCGUGUCCCGUUCCCCGGCUCGAUGCCGAUUCCCCCGACGCGCGUCAAGGCGCCCAGUACGACGAAAGGAGGGGGCAGCAAUGCCGCUACAUAG